CCCCCCUUACCGCGUGUGGACUUCGCCCCGAGGCCCAGGCAAGAAGUUCCGCCGAUUCGUCUGAGGUCAUGGCCGACCCCACGGGGCUUGUUCAGACCGUGCUGGGGCCCGUGGCCGUGAAGGCCCUGGGCGUCACACUGCCCCACGAGCACCUGAGCAUGACCUUCGACUGCUGCUUCGUGGAGCCUCCCGCUGGCCAUGGCCACCGGGCCACCAUGGAGUUCAACCUGAGCGGCCUGCACUGGAUCCAGCAGCACCCGUACAGCCACAGGGGGAACCUGCGCCUCGGCGAGGAGGAGGAGGAGGCCGUGCGACGGGACCUGCUUGCGUUCCGCGAGGCUGGAGGAGGCGCGCUGGUGGAGAACAGCACCACGGGGUUGUGCCGGGACAUGGGGGCACUGCAGCGCCUGUCGCGCCAGACAGGCGUGCACGUUGUGGUCGGGACAGGGUUCUACGUGGCCAGCACCCACACCCCAGAAACCCAAGCCAUGACCAUUGAGCAGUUGGCUGGUGUGAUGCGUGGCGACCUGCUGGACGGAGUAGAUGGCACCGCGGUGCGCUGUGGUGUUAUUGGAGAGCUGGGCUGCUCGUGGCCUCUGGAUGAGACGGAGCGACGCGUAUUGCAAGCAGCUGGCACCCUGCAGGCCGAUGUCGGGUGCCCAGUCAUUGUGCACCCUGGGCGUCACAUCUCCUCCCCGGCAGACAUCACCCGCGUCUUACUUGAAGCCGGCGGGAAAGCUCCGAAGAUCGUUAUGUCUCAUCUCGACAGGACCUUGUUGGAGCGAGAGGCUCUGCUCGAGUUUGCAACACUCGGAACCUACCUGGAGUUUGACCUGUUUGGCACAGAGGUUCUCGAUUACCAGCUCAACCUCGAUAUCGACAUGCCCAGCGACAAUGAACGAAUACACUGGAUUGAGUUCCUGUUGGCGGAGGGGCUGGAGAAACGCCUACUUGUGUCACACGACAUUCACACCAAACACCGCCUCACCACGUUUGGUGGACAUGGGUUUGAGCACAUCCUCACGAAAAUCGCACCAAAGAUGCUGCGGCGUGGGAUGUCUCAGCACGCACUCGACUGCAUCCUGCGUACAAACCCGCAAACAUGGCUCGCCUGGCCUGAGCAGUGACUCCGUUUGAUUGGAGGCCUGGGUACAGACAAAGGCUGCUAAAACCUUUUUUUUGCAUUCCCGGAAACCGAAUGAAAAAAUAUAUUAAGACGUGUUGCCAGUUUUCCACACACUUAGAAAUGUUUAUCAAUAGGAAUAACAUUUAUUCAUGUUUUUUCAUUGAGAAAUGGAGGGAGCUGUUGUGGGGUAAUGGUCAGCGCACACUAGACUCGCGUUCCAGAGGUCACAGGUCUAUCCCCUCUCCCAGUGUGGCAGUUUAAACAACGGCGAACUUUUUUCAAUGCCCCCCAGUUCUGUCCACCCAGCAGCAUAAAUGGGUAUGCUACAGUCACUCAGCAGGUCACGUGCAGUGGGAUCAAGUGUGGGUACUGCCACCUCUUCCAAGAUGCCUGUUCAGUGUGGAAGAGAAGACAAUACAUCUUGAAGCUCCCUCUAGUGGAGGCUCUUCCACCAGCAGUAACGUGAGCCAGCAAUUGCAGGAUUGCAUCAUUACCUUUCAAAUAAGAAACGUGGGCAAAUGUACUCGGGCUGCCGUGCGGUUGUGCGUGCCUGUUAGUGAAAUUUCAUACGUUAUCUCUUACUCUUUUGGAACUGACGGAAAUUACAGUCUGCCAUAUUUUAUAAGCAUUUUCUGUACCCAGUGCCCUUGUGUCAGCCUUCGAUAUUCUCUAGAAAGAGCACUAGUUGUCUAUGUAGCAAUCUUUACUGUGAUUAUAUUUAAAAAUGUUGAGUUACAUAUAUGACUGUGACGAUUUAAUGUAUUUUCAUCAAAGUGAUUAUGAAGGAUUUAACAAAAUGCUAAAUAAUUAUACAAUAUUUUAUGAAAUAAAAAAUAAUCUCUUAA